CUGUUCGUUUUUAGUUCUGUCCUUAUCGCUUUCCGUACUUAUCAGCUGAGCUAUUAUCAUCUAUGCAUAGACAUAUCUAAGAGGAUUGCGGUGUGCCUUUUUCCCGGAUGCUCAAAUCAUUUUAUUAUUAUUUUUUUAAUUACCUCUCCGGCCGAAAUGGAAGAGACAAAAGAAAACGUAGCAUACAAAGGUGUUGUUGAGAGGCUAACGCUCGGCAUUACUCGAAUUCUCGAGAGCAUGCCAGGUGUGGUGGAUGUGCGCUUUGCAGAGAGGGAUCCUGCUGACAAGAGGAGUCUGCUGUCAUGGGAGCAGAAGAACAGCUGUAUUUUACCAGAGGACCUGCGGGACUUUUACUUAACAACCGAUGGAUUCACAUUAACAUGGAGUGUUAAACUUGACAAUGAGUGUGUUCCCUUGGGGUGCAUGGUGAUCAACAGUGUGACCAGGCUUUGUUCACUGCUGCAGCCGGUAUCGGUCUUCUCUCUUCCCAAUGCACCCUCACUGGCUGACCUGGACUGGGAGGACGGCAGCACAGAAAGAGGACUCGAUCACGCUCCCACUGCACCUCAUUUUGAUGCCCGGAGCCGCAUCUUUGAGCUGGAUUCUUGUGGCGGGAAUGGAAAAGUGUGCCUUGUUUACAAAAAUUGCACUCAAGGUGUCGUAGCCCAGCAGAGUGAGAUCUGGUUCCUGGACCGCUCUCUGUACUGGCAUUUUCUGACUCCAACCUUUACAGCCUACUACCGACUGAUGAUAACACACCUGGGUCUACCAGAGUGGCAUUAUGCCUUCACCCCUUAUGGCCCAAGCCCUCAAGCAAAGCAGUGGGCAUCUCUCUACCAGCCCCUAACGUUCAACUGUGACAACAGCUCGGCAGAUUCAACAGGAGAUUACUUUCGAAACAAGCUGGAUCCCACCUUGGCCUUUAAAGGCAAAGCAAAGACGCCAACCCCCAAGAAGAAGCAGUCGGCACAGUGCAGCUCUGCCAAGGUCCAAGGAAACGCAGGAAAACCCAGUGGAGCAAAGAGGUGAACCAGCUCUAACCCAACAGAGACACUUCAAGAAAUAUUAUUCUCUGUAGUGCAAUAAAAGAGAAUGUUGUUUACCAGAAACAGAAUCGUGAUGUAAAAUUUUACUGACUUAAAUCAGGUUCAUUGUUGUCUUCUAUACUGAAGAAGAACAUUGUUUAAAAAACCUGUCUUUUAUUUCUUCAGCUCCUUCUUACUUUAUUUCCCUGUUUUAUAAAACUAACUGUCAUAUAGUUGCUGUUUAAUGACAUAAAAUACCACUAAAAUGUACUUUUCCACCAGCAUUCACCUUUGUAUUUGUUUAAAGCUCAUACUUAUUGUAAAUAAAGUAUAUUCUCCCCAC